AUGGCCCUGCAAAACACCGGCGACCGCUUGACUAUACCCGGCUGGAAUAUCCAGUCGACGCGCCAUAUACAGGGCAACUUGACAGAGCUGUCUCUCCCCGGGGCAGACGUCUCGUCAUGGUAUCGCAUCGGCCACAGGGCUACAGUCCUCGGUGGACUCGUUGAAGCCGGCGUUUACAAUGAAUCAGACCUUUUCUAUUCCGACCACCUGUCCAACCUCAACCAGUCGGAUUUCCACGUUCCGUGGCUAUAUCGCGAAGAGUUCUUGGUCCCCCUGUUGGCAGCAGACCAGCGCCUUAUCCUUUACAUCCAUGGCGUCAGCUCCAAGGCUGAUAUGUUCUUAAAUGGUAAGCUGGUUGUCUCCAAGGAUAUCCAGAAUGGCGCCUAUGCCGGCCGGUCGUACGACAUCACGGGUCUCAUUCACCCCGGCGUCAACGCGCUGCUCAUCCAGGCGUAUCCAACAGACUACCUUAAGGAUCUAGCAGUCGGUUGGGCAGACUGGAGUCCGUAUCCCCCUGACAUGGGCAUGGGCGUCUGGAGGGCUGUUAAUCUCAAGCUCAUUGGGCCUGUCUCGCUUUCAUCUCCUCGAGUUACCAGCAACUUUAGCCAUGACACGCAGGAGCCUCUCGCCGUCAACAUCACAAUCAAGACAGAUCUCGUCAACUAUGGAACCCAAGCCCAGGAUGCUACAGUACGCGGCAUCAUUCGUCUACCAGAUAGUCCGCAGCCCAUUGCUCUCUCUAAGCGUGUGAAGCUGCCGCCGCGUUCGAAUUCAACUGUCAGCUUGGAUGCAAUUCUUGGAACUUCACAAAUCAAGGUCUGGUGGCCGGCUGCUUGGGGGUCACAGCCCUUAUAUCAGCUCCAGCUGGAUGUUUCGCUGUCGCCAAACACCCUCUCCGACCUGAGCGCACCUACGAACUUUGCCCUCCGCAGUGUCGGGUCCUCACUCAAUCGUCAUGGCGAGAACGAGUUUACGGUAAACGGUCACCCCUUUCACGUUCGUGGCGCUGGAUACGCGCCAGACUUGCUGUUGCGGUUUGAUCUUCAGCGUCUCGAGAUGAUAUUCCGCUAUAUGCUCGACAUGGGGCUCAACACCGUCCGGCUCGAAGGCAAGCAAGAGCAUCCCGAGCUGUAUGACCUAGCAGACCGCAUGGGCAUGAUGGUUAUUGCCGGAUGGGAAUGCUGUGACAAGUGGGAGGGUUGGACCUACAAUGAAGACGCCCAAGGCGUCAAAUGGCGCGACGAAGACUACGAUAUUGGAUACGUAUCGAUGCUCCACGAAGCAGAAAUGAUGCAACCGCAUCCUUCCAUGCUUGCAUUCCUUGUUGGCUCUGACUAUUGGCCCGACGAACGUGCGACAACAGUGUUCAUGACUGCCCUUCGUCGGAUGAACUGGCCAAACCCUGUCAUUGCCUCAGCUAGCAGCCGCGGUCAUCCAAGUCAGCUCCAGCCCUCGGGGAUGAAGAUGGAAGGUCCUUACGACUGGGUACCUCCGAACUACUGGUAUGGCAGCGAGAUUGGUGCAGCCUUUGGCUUCGGUUCUGAGCAAGGUGCCGGUGUUGGCACCCCUGAGCUCAGCAGCCUACGUCGCUUCUUGUCUCCCACCGACCUGGAAACCCUUUGGACGAAUACGAGUGCUGGACACUAUCAUCUCUCGCCCGCCGGGAGUGUUUUCCAUAACCGAACAAUCUACAAUAAGGCGUUGAUGGAACGAUAUGGCCGACCGACGAGCUUAGAGGACUAUGUGCUGAAAGCCCAGAUCAUGGACUAUGAAGCAACUCGGGCAGAGUUCGAAGCCUUUGCAGCCCGACAGAAUGCAUCUCAUCCAGCAACCGGUGUAAUCUACUGGAUGCUCAACAGUGCGUGGCCUAGCCUACACUGGCAACUUUUCGACUACUAUCUUCGACCAGCAGGUGCAUAUUUCGGAGUCAAAGUGGGCGCACGGCAAGAACAUGUCGCACUAGACUAUGGAUCAAACAGCGUUUACCUGAUCAAUCACUCUUUGCAGUCUAAAGGUGUGCGCCGUAUCACUGCAGACCUCAUUGAUACCAAUGGGACGACGCUGGUCCAUCGCGAAGUGACGGCCGAAACAGCACCAACUUCCUCCAAAGAAGUCAUGUCAAUUCCUGAAAUUGUAAAACUCAAGCUAGACGACGUUGCGUUCUUGCGGCUGGUCCUCUCUGAUGACUUUAACACGACCCUCAGUCGGAAUGUCUACUGGGUGACCGCGCAUGUUGACGCCCUCGACUGGGACGCAUCAAACUGGUAUACGACCCCAGUGGCAUCGUACGCGAACUUCACGGCUUUGAGUAGACUUUCCCCUGCAACAGUGAAGACGAACGUCUUUGUACUUGCCCGACCAACGCCUACGUUGACCCAUAUAGAAGUUCAACUGGAAAACACGGGCGAAAUUCCUGCCUUCUUUCUGCGAUUGACUGCGCAGGAUCCGAAUGGCGAGGAACUGGCUCCGGUCCUUUGGUCUGAUAAUUAUGUUACUCUCUUUCCCAAGGAACGACUCCGGUUGGUUGUGGAGGUCCGCCAGAGUGCAGGCUGGGUGGUCAAGAUGGCCGGGGGGAAUGUUGCAGAGAGCACUAUUGGGCGUAGUAGUUUAAGCUAG